AUGUCCUCACCACCAUCCAAAACAUUCCAUGGCUGGGUCGCCCAUGAUGCCACCAGCCCUCUAACAUUCACCACCUUCGAACCCAAACCCUUCACCGAAACCGACAUUGAAGUCAAAGUCUCCCACUGCGGCAUCUGCGGGACAGACAUCCACACCCUCCGCUCAGGCUGGGCCCCAGCCGACUACCCCUGCGUAGUCGGCCACGAGAUAAUCGGCACCGUCGUCCGCAUCGGCAGCGGCGUCCCAACGCUCGCCUCCUCCCCCGCCUCCCGCUCAAUCAAAGUCGGCGACCGCGUCGGCAUCGGCGCCCAGAGCAUGUCCUGCCUCCGCGCAGACUGCGACGUCUGCGCCGACGGCCGCGAGAACUACUGUCCCCGCAUCACAGGCACCUACAACAGCCGGUACGCGGACAAGAGCAAAGCCUACGGAGGGUUCGCGGAGUUCUGGCGCGGGCCCGCGCAUUUCGCGUUCAAGAUCCCCGAUGCGCUGCCCUCCGCUGCCGCGGCGCCGCUGCUCUGCGGAGGCGUGACUGUUUACGCGCCGUUGCGGAAGUACGCCGCGGGCCCGGGGAAAGCGGUUGGGAUCGUCGGGAUUGGCGGGCUGGGGCAUAUGGGGAUUCUGUUUGCCAAGGCGAUGGGCUGCGAUCGCGUCGUCGCGAUUUCGCGGACGUCGAGCAAGCGGCGCGAUGCGGUGGAGGGGCUGGGGGCAGAUGCGUUCGUCGCUACGGACGAGGAGAAGAAAUGGGCGCGGACGCAUGCGCGCUCCCUUGAUCUGAUCAUCUGUACCGUUGACGCGCCGGAUAUGCCUCUUGCGCAGUAUCUGCGUCUGCUCAAGGUGGAUGGGACGUUCGUUCAGGUUGGAGCGCCGGAGUCGCCGCUUCCGCCGUUGACGGCAUGGUCGCUGAUACAGAAGGGGGUGAAAGUGACGGGGUCGAAUAUUGGGUCUCCGGAUGAUAUUCGGGAGAUGCUGCAGCUGGCUGCGGAGAGGAAGGUGUUGCCGUGGAUUCAGGAGCGGCCGAUGCACGAUGUCAAUGCCGCUCUGGCUGAUAUGGAUGCUAACAGGGCGAGAUAUCGAUAUGUACUGUCCAACGAGAUGGGAGCGCAGUCGAAAUUGUAG